AUGGAAAGCACUAGUGGCAGGAGCUAUGGACCUGCCAAUCUUACAAUCUACAGGGUCAAACUCAACAGCUCCAACUCAAGCUCAGAGUUCACUGGUGUCCAGCUCAUACAGUCCUACAAGCCAGUCAUCAUACCAUGCUACACUUUAGUAGUAUUGAUUGGAAUAUUUGGGAACUAUCUGCUCUUGUACGUAAUCUGGAGAACCAAGAAAAUGCACAAUGUAACCAAUUUCUUCACUGGAAAUCUGGCUUUUUCAGACAUGCUCAUGUGUGCCACGUGUGUGCCCUUCACCCUCGCCUAUGCUUUUAACUCCCAGGGCUGGGUAUUUGGCAAGUUUAUGUGUUACUUUGUGUUCCUGAUACAGCCAGUAACAGUGUAUGUCUCUGUCUUCACCUUGACGGCCAUUGCUGUGGACAGGUACUAUGCAACUGUACAUCCUUUGAAGAAAAGAAUAUCUGUUACCACGUGUGUAUACGUUCUGGGAGGUAUCUGGCUCCUGUCAUUCGCUUUGAAUGGACCCGCCAUCGCUCAUACUUAUCAUAUAGAGUUCCAACAGCAAGGCUUUGCCAUCUGUGAGGAAUUUUGGUUUGAUAAAAAGACAGAAAGGUUGGCCUAUGCCUACAGCACCCUGAUCAUCACGUAUAUCCUCCCUUUGUCUGCAGUGUCAUUGUCGUAUAUUUGCAUUACAGUAAAGCUGAAGAACAGGGUGGUCCCGGGCCACCCCACACAAAGCCAAGCAGAGUUUGAUAGACUCCGCAAGAGGAAGAUAUUCAGACUCAUCGUAUUGGUGGUAACAGCCUUUGGAAUAUGCUGGCUUCCUAUCCACGUUUUCAAUAUUAUUCGGGACAUAGACAUCAAUCUCAUCAACAAGCAUUAUUUCCUACUCAUUCAGCUUCUUUGUCACUGGUUUGCCAUGAGUUCCUCUUGCUGCAACCCUUUUUUGUAUGCCUGGCUUCAUGAUCGAUUCCGCAGUGAGCUAAAGAAGAUGUUCACCUUUAAACGUAAAAUUAUCCCGACCAACAAUUGCGUAGCCGUCAGUGUGAUGCUCUAG